AUGAGUUUCAUGCCAGUGAACCCCCGACCCUUCCUCCAGGACCUGGUAAACAAGGAGAUCUGGGUGCGUCUCAAGUGGGGAGAGACCGAGUACAAGGGCAGACUGGUCUCAAUUGACAGCUACAUGAAUAUCCAGCUGGCCAACGCAGAGGAGUACAUCAAGAACAACUUCUCCGGCUCCCUGGGCCAAGUCCUCAUCCGCUGCAACAACGUGCUCUGGAUCCGGGCCGUGGGCGAGGGCGAGAACGGGGACGUGAAGAUGGACGGUUGA